AUCACAACACUGUCAGAUGGCUGCUUCGGCGGCCUUCGCGGCGGUGGCGGUCGUGAUGCUGGUGGCAGCGCACUUGGCCGCUGCGGCGGCGGCGGCUCCGGUGACGGCCCCAGCGUUCCUCUGGGCGCCGGAGAACUAUGGUUUUGCUUCCAAUGAGGCUAAAGGAGUAGUCCACUAUCAGACAAUGUCACCAGCAAGUUUAGCUAAAUCUGUUCUUGAUGAAGGUGGCUGGUCAAACUUGGUGUGUUCAAGGGAGGGCUCUUAUAAGAACGCUGACAUUGCUGUUGUUUUUCUUGGCUCGAAGCUACAAUCGUCAGACAUCUCUAAAGAUAAGCAAGUUGAUCCAUCUUUAGCAGACACACUAAAGCUGUCCUUCACAGGCUCAGAGUUUUCCAUGGCAUUUCCUUAUGUUGCUUUGGCAGAUAAUGACAAAUUGGAGAGCACAUUGCUGUCUGGACUUGCUGAGAAUUGUGACAACGAUUUUCGCGGAAACCACAUCACAUACACAGACACGUGUACUGUAAGUGGUGAAGAUCUGAAGAAACAUCAAAGCAUGGAUUCUAUUCGCGACUUGGUGAUGUCACAGAAGAGAAACAAUCCAAGGGGAAAGACUGAUCUAAUUGUCUUCUGUAAUGGUGGUUUCAAGGAUUUAGAUAAUGCAAAAUCAGAAGGGGAGUUGCUUUCCGAGCUGGUUUCUGUGCUGAAAAUGUCUGGGGCCAGAUAUACAGUUCUUUAUGCUUCUGAACCCUAUGGUUUACUGGAGAACACUUCCAACCUACCAUUAGCCAGGUAUCUUGCAGAGAAGACCAACACUACUACUAAAUCUGGCCUAGGCAAAUGUGAUGGGGAGUGCCUAGUAAAAUCAAGUCUUCUGGAAGGAACUUUUGUUGGACUAGUGCUGCUGAUCAUUUUGAUAUCAGGACUCUGCUGUAUGAUGGGAAUCGAUACCCCCUCGAGGUUUGAGGCUCCCCAGGAUUUGGUAGGAGAGUACAAAUCCCAUUGAAGCCUGCCAGAAUGAAAGCUCAAGGCAGGUGUGAGAAAUACAAAUAGUCAAUUUGCACUGUGGAUAUAAAUUGCCUCAUAUAUGUUACCAAGACUCGUGACUGAUUUUUUGUAUAAUAUUAUUACAUCUCGGACCUAACGACCGACCUGAAA